AUGACCGUCUCGGGAAUCCCAGGCGCCGAAGCUCAUACUGCCAAAAUCUCGGAGUACCUCUUCACCAGGCUCCAUCAACUUGGUGUUCGAUCAAUUUUUGGCGUACCGGGUGACUAUAACCUGCGUUUGCUCGACUUCGUGGAACCGGCUGGGCUACACUGGGUUGGCAACUGCAACGAACUGAAUGCCGCUUACGCCGCCGACGGCUACGCUCGCGUUAACGGGUUUUCAGCUCUAAUCACAACUUUUGGUGUUGGGGAGCUAUCCGCCAUCAACGGUAUCGCGGGAGCUUUCGCGGAAAAGGCCCCUGUGAUCCAUAUUGUCGGCACACCCGCGCGCUCAGCACAGUAUUCGCGCUCCUUGCUCCACCAUACACUUGCCGACGGUGAUUACCGCCACUUCGCCAGUAUUGCAUCGCAUGUGACGAGGGCUCAGGCCAACUUGCUCGAUCCUCGGACUAUUCCUGAACAGAUCGAUGCGGCACUCAGACAGGCUAUCGUACACAGUCAGCCAGUGUAUAUUGAGGUUCCGGAAGAUGUUGUCGAUGUGCAUGUUGUUUCAUCAGGGCUGAAUGCGCCUUUGAUCGUUCCCGAGAGUCCCCACUCAUGGAAUGAGCCUACACUCUCUGUCCUGAAUCGGAUGUACUCGACUAAGCGCCCGUUGAUCCUAGUUGAUGGAGAAUGCCGAGCUCUUAGUAUCACUCGAGAGGUGAACGAGCUUGUCGUGAAAACCGGCUGGCCGACCUGGUCCACUGUUUUUGGAAAGAGCAUUAUCGACGAAACACUGCCCAACUAUUACGGUAACUAUAUCGGAUCGCUAGGAAGUGAAGUGUACAAGACAUACUUCGAGACUGCAGAUCUGAUCAUCUCAUUGGGCCCUCACCAUACGGAUACCAAUACUGGAUCAUUUUCAAUGAUUCCUGCAAAUCCAGUUUCGGUUUCACUCUCUAGAAACGUUGUUCGAGUGGGCAACGAGAUACAUCGCGAUGUUUCGAGCAGCUUUCUGUCCAUGCUACUUCAAAAUCUCGAUACCAAGCGCGUUCCUAAGGUAGAGGGUCCACCCCGUUCAAUUGCAGCUAGUGAUCAGAUAGAGCAUGACCCUAAAGGUCCGCUUGUUCAAAAGAGCUUCUGGCGCUUUGUGAAUCGGUUAUUCCGUCCGGGCGAUCUCAUUCUAACGGAAACCGGCACCUCAUCUCAUGGAGGACGUCAUUUUGAACUUCCCACCGGGGCACGCUUGUUUGGGGCUGUCACAUGGCUGUCAAUUGGGUAUAUGCUCCCAGCAACCCUCGGAGCAGCACUAGCAAAGUCCGAGGUUGACAAGGACAAUCGUGCGAUUUUGUUCAUUGGAGACGGAAGUAUUCAGAUGAGCGUGCAAGAAAUCAGCACUAUGAUCAAGGAGAACCUCGAUAUCAUUAUCUUCAUCAUUAACAAUGGCGGAUAUACGAUUGAGCGUGCAAUACAUGGAAGAAAUCAGGGAUACAACGAUGUCGCACCUUGGAGGCAUAGCCUGGUGCUCCAGUUCUUUGGUGCUAAUGAGAAGCUUGCGACUGAGAACAACUUCACCGCUCGAAAUUACAAUGAGCUUGAUACUAUACUUUCCGAUGACCGUAUUCAAAAAAGAAAGGGCCUGAGGGUUAUUGAAAUUUUUAUGGGCCGAGAAGAUGUGCAGGGAGCGCUCGUGGACCUCUUGAACACGCAGAUUGCGAAGGAGAAAUAG